CUAUUUUUACUAUCUACAAUGGAACUAACGAUCCAAUUGUUGGAAAAGACUUUAAAAAUUGGGUUACUCGUAAAAAAGAUUUGGUGACUGUGUUUACUAUAUUGGCAGUUACCGAUUAUGAGUAUUUGACAAUUUUGAAAGAUAUGCCUAGAUUUCAUAGGCUAACAAUUGGUUAUAAGUAUCUGACAAUCAAGAAAGAUGUACCUAAAUCUAAUAAACCUACGCCUGUAUCUAAUAAACAGUCGCCUGAAACUAAUAAAGAUAUGCUUAAACACAAUAAAGAUGUUCUUGACCCUAAUAAAGUAGAAGCUGAUUAUGAGUAUUUAACGAUUUUGGAAAACGCACCUAGACCUGAUGAAAUCUCUGAGGAAGUCAAACAAAUUAAUAUGCUUAGACGG